AUGGGGGAGAGCUCGGGGGGCUCUACAGAAGGCGGCAGCGGGUCGACGUGCUAUCGUUCCACAUUGGUGAGGAGGAGGAGCUUCGUGUCGCUUGGAUGGGGGGCAGUGACCUUCUCUUGCGGGUCGCCGGGCGGCGAGAGCCGCGGCCACUUCCUCGACGAGUGCUGCCUCUGCCGGAGGCCGCUCGGGCGGUUCCGCGACAUCUUCAUGUACAGAGGGGACACGCCGUUCUGCAGCGAGGAGUGCCGCCAGGAGCAGAUCGCGCUCGACGAGGCCGGGGAGGAGAAGAAGGGGAUCCGCUGGAGUCGGAGGGAGAGCCGCGGAGUCCAGACCGUCCUCUCCCACGCUGCAGAGACCACUGUCGCGUAA